AGGACAUCGGGCUCACGGGGACUCAACGGGACUCCAGCUGUGGAUAAGGGUAGUCUAGGCGUGUAGUAGGGCAGUUCAUGACCCGGGUGGUCAGUGCACGCAACAGGGACAGUUCAGGACACAGGUGGUCAGUGCACACAGCAGGGACAGUUCAGGACAAGGGUGGUCGGUGCACACAUCAGGGUCAGUUCAGGACACGGGUGGUCGGUGCGCACAACAGGGACAGUUCAGGACACGGGUGGUCGGUGCACACAACAGGGACAGUUCAGGACACGGGUGUCAAUGCGCACAACAGGAACAGUUCACGACACGGAUGGUCGAUGCGCACAGCAGGGACAGUUCAGGACACGGGGGUCGAUGCGCACAACAGG